AUGGCAAUGAGACCAUUUGUGGACGCAUCAUUUAAUAAUUGUCGUUACUCAAAGAUUAUCGUGCAAGAAUUAUCCGAUAAUACUCAAACAAACGAUUUUCAAAGAUUUUUCUUGGCAUUAUCUCAUCAUAAACAUUUUUAUUAUAAACAUUAUAAAUUAGAAUAUCGUUAUCUCAAUAAAAUUGAUCAAUCAUCUUCUCCAACAAUAAAUGAUAUUCAACCAUAUAGACGUCCAAUAGCAUUUAUUUUAUUCGCUGUUUGUAAUUCGAUACAAGAAUUAACCAUAAUUCUGGAACAAUAUGAUAAAAUUACACAACAAUAUUCACAAAGUGUGGCAUACAUUCAUCUGUUUAUUAAAUACAAAUCAAAUAUUCAUCUUGAAAAUGGAAUUACUUUGGAAAACGCCAGGUUUCGUACAUCUAUUUCAAGUCUGAGUUCAAGAUAUGCUUUAAGACAACAUUUGUCAGAUGAAUUACAAUUAUCUGGUGAAAAAUUACUUCAUUCUUCAUCGGUUGACGACGAUAGUUUAUCGGAUAAUAUUUCAUUAUCUAGUAAUAGUUUAGAUGUAUUUCGAGCGAUAGCUGAUGAUGAAAUAUCUCUUACGGGUAAUGUGACUUCUGAUAGUUUGACUUCCAGUGGAACGAGAAUAAGUUUAAUUGAAUCGUUCGAUGAUGAAAUUCGAACAUUAAACCAACUUUCAUCCAGAAAACAGAAUCAAUAUCAAGAUUCGACAAAUUCUAUGAACACAGAUCCUCUAUUAGACGAAAUGAAAUCGUUAAUAAUAUCUCAAAAAAUUACGAAUGUUAGUUUUUUGACUAAUACUGGUGAAUAUUUAAAUGAUAAAAUGUUAAGAAGUGAAUUGGAAGAAUUUGAUAAAAGACUACUUCAAUGGUUACUCGAACAAUUAACAAAAAUAAAUUCAACAUUACUCAGAGAAGCUGAAAAAAGUCAAAUGAAGACAAACAGUCUAUCGAAAAAAAAUCUUGAAGCACGUUAUUUUAAACGAAAAGGCGAUUAUUAUGUUCAAUUUGGAAACUAUGAAAAGGGAUAUUAUGAAUUUAAACAAGCUAUAGAAGCUCUUAAAUCUUUGAAUGAUCCAAUUUGGUUUGCAGCUGCAAUUGAAGGACUUAUUGCAUGUAGUUACUUAAUGACACGAACAACUAAAAAUAAACGACAUACCAUCCAGUUGAGUAGACAACCAUCUUUAACCCAACGUCUAUCGUCACAAUUAGCAAAGUUCAAAUCGCCCAUGGAAUUAUCAAAAAAAUUACAAGUAGCAAUUAACGGUUAUCAUUCGUCUGUUAAUGGUUUCUAUCUUGAAAUUGAUUUAUAUAUAAAAUGGUGUAAAAUAUUAAUAGAGUAUAAUUAUGAACGAAAUGAGGCGAUGCAAUUCAUAGCACAGAUAAGCGUAUUAGCAGCUCAACUAAACAAUAUGGAGUGUGUUUAUUGCAAUGCAUUAAUUGCAAAUUUGUACGAUAGUCUUGGUUUACGAAGAAAAAGUGCAUUGUACAAUCGAGUAGCCACUUUACUUGCAUUAAAAUUCAUCACUGCUAACAAUUUUCAUCAUGAAUUACCAUAUAUUAAAGAAUUAAUUAAAAAAUCAAGUACAUAUUAUGGAAUACAAGAGAAAUUUGUCACAUUUCCAUUAAUUCAAAAAACUGUGGUUAAUGAAUCGAUAAUGGUGAGCGCAAGAUUAAAUGAUUAUCCAACAAUUGUUGAAAAUGUUUAUUUUGCUCUCGAAUAUUUAAUCGAUUAUAUGAGUGAUAAUGAACUCAAUAAUUUACUCUACUAUAUGAGUAGAGAUCAAACGUCUAAGUUACAGGAUGAUUAUAUAUCUUGUGCAUAUUGUAAUAUACCAAAACUAUGCUCCUUAAAACCGCUAGCAAUGCUUGAAAAAUUGAAACCAUUCAAAUUUGAAACACAAGUAUUCAUUUAUCAUUACAUUAAUAAUCAAAAACAACGUCGUGAGCGUAAAGUAGAUUUCUUAUGGGUAAAAGAUGAAUAUGUUUUUGUGGAACUCAUUGUUGAAAAUUAUUUGCCUAUCAACACAACAUUACAUAAUUUAAAAUUUUUAACUGAUAAUGAAAAUCAACUCUUAACAGAUAUUGAUACAAAAUAUGAGAUACCAUCUCGAACAACAAAAAAACUAACAAUUCGAUGUAUUCCAAAUGAACGUCUAACGUAUCAUGUCCUAUCAACCCAACAAGAAUUUCGUUUUAUCGAUUAUCCGACGCUUCAUCCGUGUUUAUGUUCGAUUGAUGUUGUUGAUCCAUUACCAAUACUGACUAUCGAGGGUAUACAGCUAAAUGAGAAUAAAAUUCAUAUUAAUAAUAACAAUACAAUCAAUACAAAGCCAGUCUGGUGUACAAAAAUUAAUGAAGGACAAAAUUUAUUUAUUAAAAUUAAUAUAUCUUCCAAAAGUGACAUUGAAUAUUUAGAAGUAUCAACAUUUGCUUUCGGUUCAAAUAUAACAGAUGAUAGUUCAAUUAUUAUUCCAAAAUUACCAAUUUUAGCUGGACAAACUGAUUCAAUUGAAAUUCAUCUAUCAGAUGGAAUUCAACGGAGUCGCUCUAAAUAUUUUACUGAACAAGAAUCAUCAGUCAGGGUAUAG